GGGAGUGCUGACUGAUCAGAGGCCGUCCUGCUCCCGGGCUACUCAUGGACUUUCCCGGAGCCUCCGGCCGCUGCUUCUGGAUAGCUGGACCAUAGACAGGAGAGCGGGCUUCUCGCAGGUACGGGGCCCCUGCGCAAUGGAUGCCUUGUAGCUGAACUAAAUAGGACCCUUUGUUUUCUUAAGGUGGCACAGAUAUAGACCCCCCUCUGGGACAGUGACGAGUCUUGUAUAGAAACUAUAACUCACAUCUUUCAACCGUCCUACGUCUAGAUGCUUUGAUACAGAUUCUGCCCAAAGCUGAUUAGGACUGAUCAAGAUGCCUCAGGAACAGUAUGCUCACAGGAGUACGCUCUCCAGCACCGAAGGACCCCAUGUGUACAAGGUGGGGAUAUACGGCUGGAGGAAGCGAUGCCUCUAUUUCUUCGUUCUGGUCCUUAUGAUACUCAUACUGGUGAACCUCGCCAUGACCAUCUGGAUCCUCAAAGUCAUGAACUUUACUAUUGAUGGAAUGGGUAACCUGAGAAUCACAGAGAAAGGUUUACGGCUUGAGGGAGAUUCUGAAUUCUUGAAACCUCUGUAUGCCAAAGAAAUCCGCUCCAGGCCGGGAAGCCCGUUGUACCUUCAGUCAGACCGCAAUAUAACUUUCAAUAUUCUGAAUGAGGAUAUGAAGCCCGUCACUCAGCUUGUCACAGCAUCGGACGGUAUUCGGGCACGAGGGAAUAAUCUUGAAGUGAUGUCAAAUGAAGGAAAGCUACUGUUUUCAGCAAAUGACAAAGAAGUGGUUGUUGGAGCGGACAGAUUGCGCGUUUUAGGUGCAGAAGGAGCUGUAUUCCCAGCAUCUCUUGAGACACCUUAUGUUAAGGCUGAACCAUUCCACCACCUACGGUUGGAAUCACCGACGCGGACUUUAACCAUGGAGGCACCAAAAGGAGUUGAGAUAAAUGCAGAAGCUGGUGGGCUGGAAGCAUCUUGUAGAACAGACUUACGACUAGAUUCUACAGAUGGAGAGAUCCAGUUAAAAGCGGCUAAUGUAAAGCUUCCACAGCUGCCGCGAGGAUCGUAUUCUGCGUCUGCACCCCGACAAAAUGUAUUUGAGAUCUGCGUGUGUGCCAGUGGGAAAUUAUUCCUGUCACAAGCAGGCAGUGAAUCCACCUGCCAGACAAAUAACAAUAUUUGUCUAUAAGAGACUGGAAAGCCAAACUCCAAAGACCAGGAGUACGACUGUAACCAGACACAGGAAGCCUCAGAAAAAUAUGUGUGUGUGCGUGUGAAUAUAUACAAAAUAUAUAUAGAUAUGUAUCUGUAAAUCUAUUAUUCUCCCAUGAAAGAGAUGUUUCAGUGCCAGAAGCUCAGGGUGACCCCCAGUCGUCUUCCCUCUUGCCCAUA